CCAUGCAUAUUGAAUGCAGGAUGGAUGCGUGUUUCUUAGCGUGCCGUGUCUGCCCCCGGUUCGAGAAUCAAACGGUCCGGCAUGACUUUGAGGUGUAGCCCCGUAGGGAGUGAGAUCUGCAUGCGCUGGCGCCACGAACAAAGAGACCGGUGGAGACAAGAAUGAAUCUCUAUGAACAGAGUCUGAUUUGCUGCGACGAGCUGAAUCGUCCAUCACUUGAUCAAGAAUUGGAAGCUUACUGCAUUUAUACGUAUACGAGGACGUCGAAAUGGGUUCCAUACUGCGGUCCUCCAGACUCGUACGUAUCUCAAUACGUAGGUGGUGUCUAAAGGCAGUGAUAGGCUGAUGGGUAAAACAUGUAAGCCAACCAUUUCCAUACCACGGGCGAAUAGCCUCCGAAUUAUCAUCAGCCCCAAGAGGCGCAUGAAGCAUGGUCUCUGACCAUUGAUUAGAAACAAUCGCCGGAUGAUCGCGUUCAAGUUCCCUCAGCUCCCUCCAGCUACCGUCGAGCGAUUUGCACUCAAGAUUGAUGACCCGAUUCUGUAUCGCACGUAUCUGAUAGUAGAGAGCCUGAGCAACAGCCUAGUCACUUUUUAUUGUCUCUUCUAUACGUCUUGCAGUUCGAUCAGAAAGUUCCGGGGCAUCCUAAUAUGACUGUCGAUAGUCGGUCAUGGUAUAUGCAGCCUAUUUGAAUACAAGUCUCGUGAAGUAAUAGAGCAUCAGCCCAAGACAGAGAGCAUUCAGUCCAGAUCAGUGCUCCACUGUCUCCGAUACUUAAAUACACGAGGACUCUAGCCCGUCACCAUAAACACCAAGUGAUUUAGACAGCAAUGAUUACACGACUUCGAACAUGAUAAAACAACCCACGCUUCGCAGAAUCAGACUGAUUACCCAGAAAGAAAAAAGAGCAGAAUGCACCAUUAACAUUUCCCCAUCCCUCAACCCAGACCGGUCUUCGCUCGAACCCCAAGAAGAAUAGUAACCCCUCCGACGAUCCCAUCGACCCCUCACCCCCACCAACGGUCCUUUUCGCGGAACAUGUUCGCCCCACCACAGUCCACAACUCAAAACUCACACUUCAUCUUCCAAUCUCUCUCCUUCCGUCUCAACAAUCACCAGCUAUAUAAAGCAGCGUGCACUUCAAACUUCCAUCAAUUCGAAGUAACAUU